ACUAGCAAACAGGGGCGUGGCAUAAUAAAAUGUCUACCGACUUGGAAGACAGAUUCGAGUUCACUCUGGUAGCUCAUUAUAAUCCUCUUCAAGAUAUAGAGACCAAAUCCAGAGAGACAAUAGAAUUAUUUGAGAAAUGGGGAAUGAGUAGUCGUAUGAAAAGUCACACCUUCUUUUUCAACAAGUUUUUUCAACCUUAUCAGAGAGAGGCAUUUGCAAAAGAUUUUUUUGCAAGCUCUGUAGUAAGCAGCACAUUACAAGUAUUAACACCAUUAGAGCAAUGGGUAUCACUUAACAACACAUCAGUGGAUAAAGUUACUGUUGAACAAGUCAAUGCAAGUAUAAUUAAUAUGGACUUCUUUGAUAGACUAUACACGUCAGGUGCUGUGAGAGAGAGCAGUGGUAGCAUUGUCAAGUGUUUUGAUGAGAUGAUUGAUGAGUUUUUGGUCUCUGAUGAACUCAGAAAAGUGGUGCUAGGUGAUCCAGUGUAUGAGUCUUUAUAUUCAACUGAAGAAAGAAAUGAGUUUUUAUUUAAAAUAUUUGCCCACAUUGUAUUAGGAGGACCAGUCAAUCAAUAUGAAGAUAAUGUCAAGCCUUAUCUAGACACUGCUAAAUUGUUGUACAAGAGUUUAGUGAGUGUUGUUAAGGAUACAGAAACAAGCUCUUUGAGUAUCUCCUCAACUGUUUUAAAAGUUGGAGCAAAAGUGGGUGGUAUAAAGAUGUUUCCUUCAUCACGUGAACAUCCUCAAUCAUUCUGUUACCUUGUGAUUGAUAAUAUUAAGAGACAUGUGACUGUAUGGUAUCACAUAUGGUCAUAGACAAUUAACAUAAUGUAAUGUACAGUAGCACUUUCAAUGUAAUGAGUAAUGAAGCAUGAAAUAUAGCAUGGCAUAAAAUACGUAACUUUAUGUAAUUUUAUAAUAACCUCUUGCGUGCUUGUGCCAUAUAUUAGAGUAGAUGAAAUCAAACUUUUUGCAAUUAAA